AUGGAUCAACAAGAAGAACGUGAAAGUAUGAAUUUAGUGAAUAAGAUGAAUUUGGCUGAAAUUGUGGAGGGACGUAUCAUUCCCGUCUUGGGAGAUUUAACAAAACCUUACUUGGGAUUAAGCCCUAUCAAGUUCGAAGAAUUGAGCGACACCAUUGACGUUAUUAUUCACAACGGUGCUGCGGUUCACUGGCUCUACAGCUAUGAAAAAUUGAAAGCUCCCAACGUGAAUGGAACCCGCGAGAUUCUCAAAAUGGCCUGUGGUGGUAAAAAGUUAACACCUGUGCACUAUGUCAGCACCACUUCUGUCUUUGAUUCGGAACAAUACAAGGAAUUUACUGAUGUCUAUGAAGACUCCUCAUUGCCCUAUCAUGAAGAUUUGACUGGUUAUCCUCAAUCCAAAUAUGUCGCUGAAAAAUUAUGUAUGAAUGCAAGAAUGAGAGGAUUACCUGUGUGUAUUUAUCGACCUGGUUAUAUUACUGGUCAUAGUAAGACUGGUGUGUGGAAUCCAGAUGACUUUUUAUGUCGAAUGAUUAAGGGAUGUAUUCAAAUGGGUUACUAUCCAGACAUGCCAACAAGCAAACUUGACAUGUCACCUGUCGAUUUUAUUUCAGGAGCUAUUGUGUACUUGUCGAGGACCAUGGAUAGUGUGGUAAAACAUCAAGCAUACCACUUGGUGAAUCCUCAUGAAUUCUUCUUUAAUUCAUUAUUCGAAACUGGUAGAAAAUUAGGAUUCAAACUUUUACCAUUACCAUUUAAGGAAUGGAAAGAAAAACUUUAUCAACAAACAGUUGAAAAGAAGGAAUUAAGCACUGGUGAAGAAGAAAAUGUCUUGUAUCCAUUAGUGACCUACUUUACUGAUGACUAUGAUCUCAAAAUGACUGCAAAACGUCCAUGGUAUGACAAUACACACACUUUGGAAGGUCUUGAAAAUUCGGGUGUCACUUGUCCAAAGGUGAUCGAACUCAUGACCACCUAUUAUCACUUUUUAUGUAAAUGUGGAUUUUUAGUGCCACCUGAAGAGCCAACAGAAUUGGCAAAGAAAUUUGGCUUUCACAAAAUUCCAGCCAAUAUUCAGAGAAAUCCAAAGACUUCCAUGUCCUCGUUGGAUCUCUCUGUCAUUCACUCGGAUGUGAAUUCGACCUUCAAUGAAUCUCCUUCUCCUACUUCGUUCAACUAUCAAAGUCUCAUGAGAAAUAAUAGACUUCAAUAA